GUGUCGCUGCAUACAUGUGUAGUGUGCUUAAAACUGUUAAUUCUAUCAUAGACACAUGCUGUAGGAAGUAGGACGGCGGCGCCUAACCGGAACUAGUUUCAUGGAAGUGUAAGUGGAAACUAGGUCUUCGAGAAUGCCAUCGUUACCGUUAUGUUCAUUGCCGCCAACCGCUACUGCUGCCAGCGUUUCAGUCGGCGGCCAUCUCCCUCCUCCAUGUCCUUCGCUCCCCUCCUGCGGUCACCGAAUGAGUAGCCGCCGAUUAGCUCUUUCCGUCUCAAAAACCCCAGGUGACACGACCGUUUCUUCUUCUUCAUUUCGCGAGGCUUCUCCAGUCAGUACUUUCUCUGUAAGACGAGCGGCCAUCGCCGAAGUGAAGGAAUCUGCAGACCUGGAAGCUUCUCUCUCCAGGGUUAAGGGAAUACUGCGAGUUCAUGAUUUAAACAUCAUUUUGCGAUAUUUUGGAGAGUCACGAUGGUGGCGAGAAGUUAAUCAGCUUUUUGAUUGGAUGCAAAAGAAUGAGAUGCUUAACUUUGCAUCGUAUAGCAGUUUCAUCAAAUAUAUGCGAAUAAGCCGUAAUCCCAUAAAAGCUCUUCAAGUUUAUGAUAGUAUUGCCGAUAAAUCAACAAAAAUCAACUUGUCCAUUUGUAACUCAAUUCUUGGAUGUAUGUCACAAAAUGGAAGAUUUAAAAGCAGUCUGAAGUUGUUCAGUAAGAUGAAGGAUGAAGGUUUAUUGCCGGACUUGGUCACAUAUAGUACGCUUUUAGCAGGUUGUGGCAAAGAGACAGAUGGUUAUGCAAAAGCAAUGCAGCUAGUUCACGAGCUUGAGAGUAGCGGCUUUAGCAAGGAUGCUGUAAUCUAUGGCAGCCUUAUAUCGACUUGUGCUUCAAACAAUCUAUGCGAAAAAGCUGAGGAGUAUUUCAAUCAGAUGAUUGUUGAGUGCUGUAGUCCUAACAUAUUCCAUUACAGCUCUUUGCUGAAUGCUUAUUCUGUAAGCAGAGAUUAUUUGAAGGCUGAACAACUAGUAAGAAAUAUGGAAUCCUCUGGAAUAGUGCCAAAUAAGGUUAUUUUAACCACUUUAUUAAAGGUUUACGCUAGAGGUGGUCUUUUUGAAAAGUCACGUGAACUCUUAGCGGAAUUAGAGGCUCGUGGUUAUGCUGAGGAUGAGAUGCCUUACUGUUUAUUAAUGGACAACCUUGCAAAGGCUGGGCGAAUGGAAGAUGCAAGGGAAGUAUUUAGAAAGAUGAAAGAAAAUAAAGUGAAAUCAGACGGCUUUGCCCACAGUAUCAUGAUUUCUGCAUUUUGUCGAGGUGGGUUGCUGCGAGAAGCAAGGCAAUUUGCUAAGGACUUUGAGGAAAAUUUUGAAAAAUAUGAUCUUGUUAUGCUAAAUACCCUGUUAAGGGCUUACUGUAAUGUUGGAGACAGAGAUAGGGUGAUGAAAAUGCUCAGAAAAAUGGAUGAAUGUGCAAUAUCACCUGAUUGGAAUACAUUCCAUAUCUUAAUCAAGUAUUUUGCUAGAGAGAAACUAUUUCAUCUUGCUUAUCGAAGUGUUGAAGACAUGCACAGCAAAGGGCACAAGUUAAAUGAGGGCCUUUGCCUAUCUCUUAUUUUACAGUUGGCUAAAGCUGGUUUUCCUUCUGAAUCAUUUUCUGUAUACAAUAUGUUGAGAUUCAGCAGUAGAAACGUGCGCAAAUCCCUUCAUGAGACAAUGCUAAACAUAUUAGUUGAAGCAGGUCACCUGAAAGAUGCUUACGUAAUAGUGAAGGAUAACAUGGAGAUGAUAUCUACCCGAUCUUUGGAGAAAUUUGCUGCAUCAUUUAUGAAAUCUGGCAACAUUAAUUUGAUUAAUGAUGUUGUCAAAGCUUUCCAUUGCUAUGGGCACCAUGUGAACGCUGAGAUAUUCCAUGAAGCUAUUUCACGUUACAUAGGAAAACCUGAAAAGAAAGAGCUUCUUUUGAUUAUGUUGAAAUGGAUGCAAACACAUGGUUAUGUGGUGGACUCAACAUCUAGGAACUUGCUUCUAAAAAAUUCUCAUCUUUUUGGUCCGAACCAACUUAUAGCAGAAAUAUUGUCUAAGCAGCAAGCUUCAAGAAUGCAAAGAAGCUACAAGUGAAGCAGUUUUGGUGGGUGUAACUAUUUCCCUUUGUUAUUACUUCACAAUUUUAUCUUAUAGAAUCGCUUAGCUGAUGAAAGAAGGGUUGGCCUUACUUCAGCUGAUUUUAUUUUGUUUGUGCUAAUGAUCAGUUAUGUGCGCCGGCAUGAGGUUGUAGUGGAACAUUUAAUUCUAUAAUAUUCUCUAUACAAUUGUUACUUAAAUGAAAAAAAAAGACUAAAUUGGAAUGCUCUUGCAGCUUCAAUCUUU